UUUUCAAUUAACACGACACACGAGAUGUUAUAGAAAAUACAAUUCUCAAAUAAUUCUAAGGACUGAUAGAAGAAAUACAAUUGUCGAUUGAUUUCCUUUAGUAGGAACCAUAUUCAUUUUCUAGUGGCUAGUGCUAAAGUAGUAAUCAAAAUAAUUCAGUUGAUCUAUUAAAAUUUAAAUAUUGUUAGUAACUUCAGAUUUUAGCUUUAUUAUUAGAUUUUCAUCACAACAGGUAAAAAAAUGGAUUCUAAUUAUAAAUGUAAACGGCCAAAACAUCCAAGGGCCAAUGCAAACGUCUUUGAAAUCAUCUCAUAUAGUUGGAUGUUGGACCUCUUCAAAAUAGUACUCAAAAGAGACAUAGAAAUAAAUGAUUUAUAUAUACCUUUAAAUGAACAUACAUCAUCGACAUUAGGAAAUGAUUUAGAAAAGAAAUGGAGACAAGAACUGGUUGUUGCAAAUAAUGGAAAACGGAAGCCCAGUUUGUUGAAAGCAUUAUACAUGUUGUUUGGGACUAAAAUAAUGUUUCGGGGAUUAAUUCUUGCUAUCAGUGAAAUUAUUUUUAAGAUGUUCCAACCUAUAUUGAUUGGUAGACUACUAUUAUAUUUCAAUACCGAAGGGCAGAAAACAACCGAUGUAGAACAGGCCUACAUGUACGCUGCCUGCUUAACAAUAUGUACGUUAGUUUCAAUGGUGUUGUAUCAUGUGCCACAAGUAGAUAUGAUUCACUAUGGAAUGAAGAUGCGGAUUGCUUGUUGUUCAAUAAUAUUCAGAAAGGCUAUGCGAUUAAGUAACACAUCUCUAGGUGAAACAUCGGUCGGUCGAGUAGUUAAUUUAUUAUCAAACGACGUUAACCGGUUCGAUAAAGCGCUAUUCUUUCUGCACUUUUUGUGGAUUAGUCCCCUGCAAACAAUAGUGGUUUCAUACUUCUUAUGGCAAGAAAUAGGUGUAUCAGCAAUAUUUGGAGUUGCAACAUUGAUUAUGUUCAUUCCGUUGCAAGUGUGGUUUGGAAAAAAAAUUUCCAUAUUAAGGUUAAGGACCGCCAUUAGAACUGAUGAAAGAGUGCAUUUAAUGAACGAAAUAAUUUCGGGCAUUCAAGUUAUCAAAAUGUAUACAUGGGAAAAACCAUUUGAAUAUUUAGUACAAUGCGCAAGAAAAAUGGAAAUAAAACAGAUUCGAGGAUCGUCAUACAUUACAGCAGUAUUCGUAUCUUGUACGGUAUUUCAUUCGAGGGUUGCUUUGUUUUUUAGUAUACUAGCAUAUGUUGUACUCGGAAACUAUAUUACGGCCCAAAAAGUAUUUGUCAUAGCAUCAUAUUACAAUAUAUUGCGAGUGUCAUUGACGGUUUUUUUCCCCCAAGCCAUUGCACAAAUAGCUGAACUAUUAAUGACUAUCAAAAGAAUUCAGAUUUUUUUAUCAUACGAAGAAAAAAAUUGUAAAGUGGUAAAUCUUUCAAAAUCGGAGAACGUGACCACCAAUAAUGGUGCAAAAAAACCUACAAUCAACUCUGCAUCAAUAACUACAAAUACUAACAGUGAAAUGAUGCAAUCAAAUUAUUUGAGAAUAGAUAUUUCAAAUGCAACGGCUAAGUGGACUCAAAAUGAAACUGAGAACUGUUUACGGCAUAUCAAUCUAACCGUAAGCUCUGGUCAAUUAGUCGCAAUUAUUGGACCCGUAGGAGCUGGAAAAAGUUCAUUAAUGCAAGCGAUUCUACGAGAACUACCACUAUCCGAAGGAAGAAUUUCAGUGAAUGGUAUAGUUUCUUAUGCAUCCCAAGAACCAUGGUUAUUUGUAGGUUCUGUCAAAAAAAAUAUAUUAUUUGGUUCUCCAAUAGAUGAACAUCGUUAUAAACAAGUGAUACAAGUAUGUGCGUUGAAAAGUGAUUUUGAACAGUUUCCAUAUGGUGAUGAAACAAUUGUGGGGGAAAGGGGAGUAACCCUCAGUGGUGGGCAAAGAGCAAGAAUCAAUUUAGCUAGAGCCGUUUAUAAACAAGCGGAUAUUUAUUUAUUGGACGAUCCUCUUUCAGCUGUUGACACACGUGUUGGCAGUCAUUUGUUUGAAAAAUGCAUUAAAGGUUUCCUUAAAGACAAAACUUGUAUUCUUAUCACACAUCAAAUACAGUACUUGACGAGUGUAGAAAAAAUUGUUCUCGUUGAAAAUGCAAAUAUUAAAUCAGAAAGCACAUAUGAAGAACUUCAGACGUCUAAUUUAAACUUCGCGAAAUUACUUCAUUCUUCAAAGGAGAUGAUAUCUACGACUCAUAAUACAUUGAAUGUAAGAAAGAAAAGCGAACCACAGUUGAUUGUUGAUCGUCAAGUGUCUGAAACGAGUGUAAGGUCACCUGUCGAUGAAAGUAAAUCUCAUCAAAACAAAUUAAAACCCACUGAAGUAAUUGAAACUCGCACUUUGGGGAAUAUUUCGCAUACUGUUUAUAUGUCAUAUUUAUUUGCUGGAGGAAGAAAGUGUAAAAUAUUAUUUUUUAUAUUGGUCUGUAUAUUCACACAAGUACUGAUGUCUCUUGGAGACUCCUGGAUAAGUUAUUGGGUUAACUUAGAAGAACACGUUUUCCGUAAUGUAAUAAAUGUUGCUGAUAAUAAAUUAAUAUGGUGGUCAAUUUCUAGACAAACUUGCAUUAAUGUUUUUGCCGCUACAAUUGUAAUUAUGAUAAUUACAGCUGUAAUUAGGUCAGUCUUAUUUGUGUCCGUCUGCAUGAAAGCUUCGAUGACUUUACAUAACAAUAUGUUUAAGGCGUUAACUAAGGCCACAAUAUAUUUUUUUAAUACAAAUCCUUCUGGGCGUAUUCUUAACCGUUUUUCAAAGGACAUAGGCACUAUUGAUGAUUUAUUACCAUUAAAUUUGAUGGAUUGUAUACACAAUGGAUUGGCAGCUUUGGGAGUAUUUAUCGUUGUUGGAAUCGUUAACGUGUAUAUGACAAUAGCCGCCUUUGUUUUAGCUUUUAUCUUUUACAAAAUAAUGAUUUAUUAUUUAUUAUUAUCACGGAGUGUUAAACGGUUGGAAGGAAUUACACGAAGCCCUGUAUUCACACAUCUGAAUGCAACUUUACAAGGUUUAACAACAAUUAGAGCCUUUGAUGCCGAAGAAAUAUUAACCAGAGAAUUUGACAACCACCAAGACUUGCAUUCUUCAGCUUGGUAUUUAUUUAUAUCAUUAAGUAGAGGUUUUGCUUUUUGGUUAGACAUUAUUUGUCUUUUAUACGUAAGCGCAGUUACAUUCAGUUUCGUUGCAAUUGGCAAUGGUGUAUUUGGAGGAAAUGUUGGACUUGCCAUUUCUCAAGCGUUUGCGUUACAAGGAAUGCUUCAGUGGGGUAUGAGGCAAAUGGCCGAAUUAGAGAACAAUAUGACAGCAGUUGAAAGAGUAUUAGAGUAUACAAAUAUUACACAGGAAGAUGCUAUUGAACCAACAGUAGACAACAAACAAUCUCCAAAUUGGCCAUCAAAAGGACAAAUUAUAUUCAAAAAUUUUUAUCUACGAUAUGGACCAGAUACAUCAUAUGUUUUAAAUAACCUCAAUAUAAACAUAGAAUCAAUGCAAAAAGUAGGAAUCGUUGGUAGGACUGGAGCAGGAAAAUCUUCUUUAAUUUCAGCCUUAUUUAGAUUAGCUUUUAAUAAAGGUAAUAUCAUUAUCGAUGGUAUAGAAAUUCAUGGACUUGGACUAAAUAAGCUGAGGUCUAAACUUUCCAUAAUUCCUCAAGAGCCCGUCCUGUUCUCGGGAACAAUGCGAAAAAAUUUAGAUCCAUUUGAUGAGUAUCCAGAUCACAUACUUUGGAAUGCAUUAGAGGAAGUUGAACUUAAAAACGUUAUUGAAGAAUUGCCUAACGCUCUUGAUUCAAAAAUGUCUGAAAAUGGUUCCAAUUUCAGUGUUGGCCAAAGACAACUAAUAUGUCUUGCAAGAGCUAUAGUUCGAAACAAUAAGAUUCUCGUUUUGGAUGAAGCCACAGCUAAUGUUGAUCCACAGACAGAUGCAUUAAUUCAAAUGGCCAUUAGAACUAAAUUUCGAACAUGUACAGUCUUGACAAUUGCACAUCGUUUGAACACUGUUAUGGAUUCGGACAAAGUUCUGGUUAUGGACAAAGGAAAAAUAGCCGAGUUUGACCAUCCUCAUAAUUUGUUGCAAAAUAAAGGAGUAUUUUACAAAAUGGUGGAACAGACAGGACCGGCUACAUCUGAUUUUUUACACAGAAUAGCUGAAGAGAGUUACCAUGCUCUAAGUUUGGGGACAGAACCAGCAUCCGAGUCUUCUGUCAAUGAAGCAGAUGGCAUUUCAGCGAAACAUAUAUAAUAAUAUUUUUAUAGUAUCACUUUAUAAUGUCAUUACACUUACAAGUUACCUAACAUAACUGAACUAGAUACGUGAACUAGUAUAAUUCUAAACCC